UUACCCUCAAUCCAAACAGGGUCUAAAUCACGACGCCUCCUCCGCCAGCGCAAUCUCUCUUCUUCGCUGCCUUCUCCCCGUCGAUUCUUCUUCUUCUUCGCUGUCUCCACCCUCCAAGCCAGCCUCCGGUCUCUUCUUCUUCUUCUUCACCACUUCGAAGGUCCACCACUGUCAAAGCCCUAUCACCAUCAAAGCUCCAUCUUUGUCGAAGCUCCAUCGCCUUUGAUCUCUGUCGAAGAUUUAGCGGUGCCUCACCACUACACAGUGUUAUCUACUACUGAUAACUUUGAUCUCUCUUCAGCAUCUCAUCUCAUGGAUCCGAUGCUCUGGCAUAAGGUUGCUGCCCUCUCUGGCGUUGCUGCCCUUGGUCUGGGCACCUACGGAGCCCACGGUUUCAAGCCUAAAAAUCCAACUUACAAAGAUGUAUGGCAGACGGCAUCUUUGUACCACUUGGUUCACACAGCAGCAUUGGUUGGAGCACCCAUCACUAAACACCCUACCAUUUUUGGUGGACUCUUGACUACUGGAAUUCUGGCAUUUUCUGGAACGUGUUACACAGUGGCAUAUCUUGAAGACAGAAAAUACUCUUCUCUAGCACCCUUUGGUGGCUUUGCAUUUAUUGCUGCUUGGGGAAGCUUACUCUUCUGAGGAGCAGAUACAGUAAGAUCCUUAUAUGUGUCAUGUGUCGUACAAUGGGGUUCAUUAUUCUUAGCAAAGUGCAAUGCUACUGAUCAUGAUGUUUGAAAUUCUAGAUUGGUCAACAAUAUUUGUUUUAAGCCUCAUGUAAUUUGACAUUGUGGAAAUGCUUGUGAAGCUAUUCUAAUUGGAAUUGAUUUGCGUUAUA